GUGAUGAGAGGUCGCUGUCGAGUAUCAUGGCCGCCGCAGAGUCUCCUUCUCAGCGUUGAUGUUGCGUCGUGUGAACCGCCUCAGAGCUGUCACCAUCCCUGUGAGCUGUCGUAGUUUAAUGCCGAGACGCCUCGGCGCAGACAAAGAUCCAUCUGGCCAAAUUAUGGACAAGGCCGUUGAUCGCACAUUUUACUUAUAAAUACUCUUCCAAAAGCGGCUAGCGCGUUGCAAAACCUCUCAAUUACUGCUCGUGGAACUGAAUCACAUGACUGUAGCGCUGAAUCAGCCAAUCACAGCACACGUUUGCUGGAGCCCUAAUUUUCUGGCAAUUUCGCCCACACUGACAGAAUUAACUUCUAGGCUGGAGACUUCUUUUUUUUUCCUCCUCUCUCUUCAUUCCGAUAAGUCGACAAAUCCUCAAUCGCACCAACACUCCCUGUGCAAACUCGACCAACCAAUACAAUGGCUCCCGCUAACAAGAAAGCUGCCGCCAAGGGCUCCAAGCAGGCCAACGCCGCUGCCAAGGCCGCCCUCAAGGGUACUCACUCCUCCAAGACCCGCAAGGUCCGCCAGACCACCUCUUUCCACCGCCCCAAGACUCUGGUCCUGUCCCGCGCUCCUCGCUUCCCCCGCAAGGCCAUCAACCACCUGCCCCGUCUCGAUGAGCACAAGAUCAUCAUCCACCCUCUCAACACCGAGAGCGCCAUGAAGAAGAUGGAGGAGAACAACACCCUCGUCUUCAUUGUCGACGUCAAGGCCAACAAGGCCCAGAUCAAGCUGGCCCUCAAGAAGCUCUACGACAUUGACACCGUCAAGAUCAACACCCUGAUCCGCCCUGACGGCUCCAAGAAGGCCUACGCCCGCCUGACCCCCGAUGUCGACGCCCUCGACAUUGCCGCCAACAAGCUCUCUCUGGUCUAAGCUGGACAUUUUUCUUAAUUUAAAAAAAGGGGAUUGUUGGUUUCGUCUAUUCAUUUUCUUCUAUUUUCUCUCGGGCGCGGAAAUUGGUCUUACGUCUCACAUGCAUGCACAUAUACCAUGGGCAUUGAGGAACACAACACUUUUUGGGAGGAGUUGAGCUUUUUUGUCAUUUUACGGAUUGGAACACAUCAUGAUACAAACUAUGCAAAACUAAAAGACAAGAGCCGGUCCGUCCACGUACCGAUGAUGAAAGGGAAACAAGAAAUAAAUGAGAGCCGAUGACAAUUACUAUGCUCUGAAAUGUGGCAUGACAAUCCACUACGUAGAUGAAUAUUGCGUUGAAAUCGUAACGUCCUUUCAGUAAACGUUGAUACCUUUUGAAUUGGUCUCAAUGCCCAUCUAUUGAUCUUAAUCAGAGAGAAGAACAGUCCCAUAUCCCAUAAUCUAUCAUACCACAUGCCUAUAUAUCAUACAUCACACAACACACCCAUAUUACCCCCUCAAAACCAGAAAAGUCGAAGAAAAAAAAAGCCUGAAUUUUUUAUGAUCGCAUAUUGUUGAGGUGCUUCAUCGUCAAAAAGUUGAUAUCCAAAAACCGGUCCACGCAGUUCGCCAAGCACCCUUCCUCGCCCUUCUCCAGCUUCGAGCCCUUGAUAUUCCCAGUGACGCACUUUUUCCAGCAAAUCUGUGUCAAGUUGUGUGUUUGAGCCUGAAUCUGCGACCGCUGCUGCUCAUUCGCAAGAAACUGCCGCAGCUCCGUCUUAUCCUUGUCGUUGAGCUUCUCGAGGUCGAGGUUCUCGAUUCCAGUCUGGGCGGCGUUCAUCUUGGGCAAAAGUUUCACUCGGUUCGUAUAUAUUACUUGCGUAGGUUGAUUUCAAUGUGCGUAGGCUGAAGGAAAGAAAGAGGUUCCGUCGUAAGAAGAGUCGUUGCUAUAGAGUAUUUUCGAAGACUUGGUUGCAAGAUUGGUGAUGAUAUCGAGCGGUGGUUGAUAAUAUUUUUCCAACGGGCUUUUUCGGACCAAUAGUAGUCCGUUAUCAACGCCGGCGUUGGCGAAUGAGAGGAGAAGAUCGUCUCCACAUUCAGAUGACCUUGCUUCGACAGAUCCAGAUAAAAGAGACGUGAGUUUUUUCAAGAUUCUUGAUUUAUUGUUUUUAUUAAGAGAUGCUAAUCUAUUCAUCUCACAAUUGUCAAAUGCAAUUAUGACAAUGUAGACUAUAAAAGGCAACGAUGGACAUUGCGCAAAUACAGCAUAUACACAAUGCAGACUUAUUUGAUUACUCUCAAGCAAGGCUAUAAACAUGACUCCACGCCUCAAGAAUGCUUCCCGAGUCUAUGAUGCCAAAUGUACCCAAAUAAACAAGAAAAAACGUUCCAAAACUAGUAAACAAUGAAAUCAAUACAACAAAAAAGACAAACCCUCUAUAUACUGUAAACCCCCUCCAAAAAAAAACGUAUGACUCUUCACUCCAUGUUUUUAUUAUAUCCACCGCUUCCACCUCGCCACAGACACCAUCAUGGCACACAAGACAAUCAUGAAGCCGACAAUGCCAAAAAAUGGCCCCAGGUUGGCAACAUCCUCAAACGGCAAACGCACAUUCAUGCCAAACAGACCACAAACAAGGUUGAGCGGCACAAGAAUCGAUCCCAGCAUGGUGAUUUUACUCAGUACGCGGUUCAUGUCCGUGCCCUGGGAGAUGUUGUUGAUGGACAGCGUGGCCAGGUAAUUGCUGUGGGCGCGAGACAGAAUCUUCUCAAAGUGGCCCAGGUUGGUCGCCAUGGUCACGACGUGGUCCUGGAUGUCGCCCAGGUACAUGCCAAUGUCCAUGUGCGGCGUCACCUGGAAGUUUUCGUUGCAGCGCUUGGUGAAGCCCCUGAGGACAUCUGCCUUGCCGCCCAGCAGCCGCAGGAGCGCCAUGCAGUUCUUGCGCACCCGUCCAAUGGACCGCAAAAAGGUAUUUGAGUCGUCAAACCGCAUGACAAAGACUUCGUCUUCAAUGGCAUCGGCUUCCAGCUCAAUCUGGUUAAUGACGGGCGCAAAGCUGUCGACAAUGUUGUCAAUCAAGGCAUAGCAGAUCCAGUCGCUGCUAAGAGAGACAUAGUCCUUGAGAGACGUGAUUCUCUUGCGCACGUCGGUGGCAUGCGAAUUGGGCGUGAAGCUGAAGCUGAGCGUGCCCUCUCGGAACACAAUGACAUAGAUG